AUGCCAGCAGCGGCGUGGGACGAUACGGUAAGUGGGCAUGUCGCCAAGCAUGCGUGCUCGCCAACCCAAGCGAUGCGCGUGCGUGCACAACAUGGUACAUCACUGCACCAUUUCCUCGAACACACACCGCUCGCACGGCGUGCACGGCACUGGGACUGGCGCAACGGCGCGACCAGCGCACGAAAUUCUCCACCAAGCGACGAGGAACUUGCAUUUGUGCGCAACUACUUCAAGUACGAAGACGGCCCUAAUGGACCGAGCAAGCUCUACCUGAUGUUGCUUACGGAUUGCAUGCUCACGCUCAAGGAUCGACCAUGGAUGGGUGUCGUUUCGCCGCCGCUGCUCGCGACCACCGGCGUCCUUCCCCUGUCCAUCUUUUCCACAGGCCCCGAUAUUAUCGAUCACUACUACAACUGUAUUAUUGAAGCCAAGCGCGAGGUGAUACUGCUCACAAAUUACUGGCAGCAGGGCAAGAACGUCGAUAAGAUUGCCGCAGCGAUUCGCGAGCUGAACAAGCGCGCUGCAGCGCGCGGCGACACCAUCGUGAUGAAGAUCAUGUGGGACCGUGGACCGCGCACUGUGGGCGAUCUCUUCCGUCUGCGCACUCCCAUCCUUCCCGCCCAAUGGGCCGCGAAUGGCCUGCCGGCUUCCGCGGAACUUACUAAUAUCGAGCUGGAGAUCUUAAACUACCACCGCCCCCUCAUGGGCACUUUCCAUGCCAAGCUUCUGCUGGUCGAUCGCAAGGUCGCGCUCUUGAACAGUAUCAAUAUUCAGGACCGCCCCAAUUUGGAGGCGUGCGUGCGUCUGGAAGGCGACAUUGUCAACGCUGUCUACGACCACGCGCUGAUCUCGUGGGGAAAUCCACUGCGCCCCAUGCUUCCAUGCCUUGAUUCGCCAGCAUCGCCCACGGUGUCUGACGAUGUGUUUAUCCUUGGCGGAAACAAUUCUCUGCCGCACGUGUCGGACAAGCAGCGGGAGCAGAUGGGAAGGAUGGCGCGCGAGCAGCUCAUCCAAGACGACCAAGAGACGCUGCGGCAGCAGCCUGUAAGCAUGCGAGUGCACAUCGCCGACAUCGUCGAGCAGAUGAUACAGGCGCGCGCCGGCGCGACCGAUACUCCGCAAACUGCGCGCAAAGAACCUGUCGAUAGUGAUCAUGCGGUGCGCCGCGCAGCGGCAAUUUGGACCAACAAGACCCAUGGAAAUAACCGCGACAACACGCACCCCUCGGCUCCUGCCUUUCCCCAGACCAUCGCCGACAGCGCACUGCGCAUGCUCGGCAAGGACAGCAGCAGCAGCUGGAACGUGCAGUACGAGCUACACGGCCGGCACGGUCGAGGCGUGAGCGAGGAAGAAGCCAAGGUGCUUGCACGCAUUACCAGCUCCCUAGACUUUGCGAAUAACUCGCAAGUACAGGGCGAGCUGAAGCCAGAAGUCAUUGAAAACAGCAUCGGUGGAUGGCAGGCACAGCGCCUCAUGGGUUUACUGGAGUUCGAACCGCUCGUCUUCCAUUCCGCACAUGCGCCUGUGCCCAUGGCACUCGUCAAUCGCCGCCCCCGCGGUCUUCCAGGCCACGGCGAUAUUGCGAAUCCCCAAGCAGCCGCAUGGCUCGCAGGGUUCCGCUACGCCAAAAAGCACGUGUUUAUACAAAGCCCGACGCUCAAUGCUAGCCCGAUCAAAGCUGCGAUUCUUGCGUGUGUGCGGCGCUCCGUCCGUGUCGAGUUGUGGCUUGAUCUCGGGUUCAAUGACAAGAGCGAGAGCAUGCCGUUCCAGGGUGGCACAAACGAGCAGGUAGUCUCCAAAAUGUACCGCACUUUGCGGCGCGAAGGACAAGGCAGGGAAAAGUACCUUGACGUGUAUUGGUACACGGGCAAAGACAUGGACAGGCCCUUGAAUGCGGUGCGUAAGCAGCGCAACUGCCAUGUGAAAUUCGCCGCAUUUGACGGCGAGGUUGGUAUUCUUGGCAGUGGAAAUCAAGACACGCAGAGCUGGUUCCACUCGCAAGAGAUUAAUGUCAUGGUCGACUCGAAGCAGAUUGUAUCCGAGUGGGUCACAGCACUUCGGCGGAACCAGUCGACACAUUUGUACGGCAAAGUCGACCAACAACUUGGCAUUUGGCGCGGCAAGGGCGGCGAUCAGAUGCCGGAUACGGGCAAGGAUGGCGUGCCAGAGUCUGCAUAG